UGCCCGGAAAAAGACAUUCCCAUAUUGAUUUUUAGAAAAGAGCUCACUUAGCACUAUCCCCUCCUCCUUUCACUCACUCUAGGCCAUCCCCCACCCCCAAAUCCCUAUUUCCACAGCCCACUCUCUCACCCUCUGCUACAAACAAGUCCAAGAUUUAAUUUUUGAGAAAAGCCUGUAAGCCAGGAUACUGAACAGAACUGGCAGGCUCAGGCUAGGGUCUGCAGUUCAGCAUCAAUGGGCCGCUGGAAUGAAUAUGAAAGUAUUUUCUCUAUCAAGAGUAAUGUGGGCCAUGGAGCCAGGUCACCUUCUCUGGGGUCUACUAUUCAUGCAAUCCUUCUGGCCACUCCUGACUAAUGGGGCCACUCGAGUCUACUACCUGGGCAUUCAGGACGUGCAGUGGAACUAUGCUCCCAUGGGAAGGAAUAUCAUCACAAACCAGUCUCUGGACAGUGACAAAAUGGCUUCCAGAUUUCUAAAGACUGGCAAGAACAGGAUAGGGAGCAGCUAUAAGAAGACCAUCUAUAAGGAAUACAAGGACAGCACUUAUGUAGAUGAAGUGACCCAGCCUUCCUGGUUGGGCUUCCUAGGGCCAGUGUUACAAGCUGAGGUGGGGGAUGUAAUCCUUAUCCACCUGAAGAAUUUUGCCUCUCGUCCCUAUACCAUCCACCCUCACGGUGUCUUCUAUGAGAAGGACUCAGAAGGCUCCUUAUACCCAGAUGGCUCUUCUGGGCCACUGAAAGCUGAUGACUCUGUUCCUCCGGGGGGCAGUCAUAUAUACAACUGGACCAUUCCAGAAAGCCAUGCUCCCACCAAUGCUGACCCAGCAUGUCUCACUUGGAUCUACCAUUCUCAUGUAGAUGCACCGAGAGACAUUGCUACCGGCCUCAUUGGACCCCUCAUCACCUGUAAAAGAGGAACCCUGGAUGGGAAUUCUCCUCCUCAGAGGCAGGACGUGAACCAUAAUUUCUUUCUGCUCUUCAGUGUGGUGGAUGAGAACCUUAGCUGGCACCUUGAUGAGAACAUUGCCACUUACUGUUUAGACCCUGCCUCAGUGGACAAGGAAGAUGAGGACUUUCAAGAGAGCAAUAGGAUGCACGCAAUCAAUGGCUUUGUCUUUGGAAACUUACCAGAGCUGAGCAUGUGUGCACAUAAGCAUGUGGCCUGGCACUUAUUUGGCAUGGGCAAUGAAGUGGAUGUCCACACAGCUUUCUUUCAUGGGCAGAUGUUGACCACCCGUGGACACCGCACUGAUGUGGCUAACAUCUUUCCUGCCACUUUUGUUACAGCUGAGAUGAUACCUCAGAAGCCUGGCAUCUGGUUAAUUAGCUGUCAAGUGAACAGUCACUUGCGAAAUGGAAUGCAGGCACUUUACAAGAUCAAGGCUUGCUCUACGGCCCCUCCUGCGGAACAGCUCACAGGCAAAGUUCGGCAGUACUUCAUCGAGGCACAUGAGAUUCAGUGGAACUAUGGUCCGAUGGGAUAUGAUGGGAGUACUGGGAAGAGUUUGACAGAACCAGGAAGUGGUUCAGAUAAGUUCUUCCAGAUGAGCUCUAGCCGAAUUGGAGGUACUUACUGGAAAGUUCGUUUUGAAGCCUUUAAAGAUGAGACAUUCCAGGAGAAAGUGCAGCUGGAAGAAGAAAAGCAUCUUGGAAUACUGGGGCCAGUGAUCCGGGCUGAGGUGGGUGAUACCAUUCAGGUGGUCUUCUAUAAUCGUGCAUCUCAGUCGUUUAGUAUUCAGCCCCAUGGAGUCUUUUAUGAGAAAGACUACGAGGGCACUGUGUACAAUGAUGGUUUAUUCCACCCUGGCUUAGUGGCCAAGCCCUUUGAGAAAGUAACAUACUACUGGACAGUCCCUCCGCAUGCUGGUCCUACUGCUCAGGAUCCUGUCUGCCUUACCUGGAUGUAUUUCUCUGCUGUAGACCCCAUAAGGGAUACAAAUUCUGGCUUGAUGGGCCCCCUGCUGGUGUGCAAACCUGGUGCCUUGGGUACAAAUGGCAAGCAGAAAGGAGUAGAUAAAGAAUUUUUUCUCCUCUUCACUGUGUUGGAUGAGAAUGAAAGCUGGUACAUCAAUGCUAAUAAAGCAGCUGCUAUGUUGGAUUCUCGAUUGCUCUCAGAGGAUGUCAAGAACUUCCAGGACUCCAAUCAGAUGCAUGCCAUUAAUGGGUUUCUAUUCUCUAACCUGCCCAGGCUGGACAUGUGCAAGGGUGAUACAGUGGCUUGGCAUCUGCUUGGCCUGGGCACAGAGACUGAUGUGCAUGGGGUCAUGUUCCAGGGCAACACUGUGCAGCUUCAGGGCAUGAGGAAAGGUGCAGCCAUGCUCUUUCCUCACACCUCUGUCACGGCCACCAUGCAGCCCAACAACCCUGGGAUAUUUGAAAUUUACUGCCAAGCAGGGAGCCACCGAGAAGCAGGAAUGAGGGCAAUCUAUAAUGUCUCUCAGUGUUCUCGCCAGCAAGGUAACUCUCACCAACGCUACCAAGCUUCAAGAGUCUAUUACCUUAUGGCAGAAGAGAUCGAGUGGGAUUAUUGCCCUGAUAGGAGCUGGGAACUGGAAUGGCAUAACCAAUCUGAAGAGGAAAGUUAUGGUCACAUUUUCCUGAGCAACAAGGAUGGACUCCUAGGUUCUAGAUACAAGAAAGCUGUAUUCAGGGAAUACACUGAUGGUACUUUCAAGAUUCCUCUCCCAAGGUCUGGAGCAGAAGAACAUUUGGGAAUCUUAGGUCCCCUUAUCAGAGGGGAAGUUGGUGAUAUCCUCACUGUGGUGUUCAAGAAUAAUGCAAGCCAUCCCUUCUCUGUGCAUGCCCAUGGAGUUCUAGAAUCUAGCACUGGCUGGCCACGGGCUGCUGAACCUGAGAUGAGAAGAGCUGUUAAGGAGAUAAGAAGAUAAAGAAGAUUAGGGAUGAGGAUUGCAAGUUCCAUGCUAUCUCAGGCAACUCAGUAAAAUUGUGUCUCAAACUAAAAUUUAAUAAAGUGAUAUGGGUGUUGCUCAGUGGUAGACCCUUUGGUAGUAUGCACAAGGUACUGCAUUGAAUUCCCAGUGUGUGAAUAGGGAAACUUAGAUGCAGAUUUCUUGUCAGAAGACAUAGAAGCUAGAAGACAACAAUUCAUUGUUAAAUUGUUGAAAUAAAAUUAUUCAAUUCUGUACAUAGAAUUCUAUAUAGAGGGAUUAUAAUAAAAAAUUUCAGGAAGAAAUUGUAAGAAUUUGUUAUCCCCAGCCUUAUAUUUCAAGGAUGUUAAAGUAUUUCAGGAGGAAUUGACAUGUCACCAGACUUAAUAUGAGAUCUGUAAUAGAGUAAAUGAAGUUGGGUUUCUAUUUUAAGAAAUUAAUUUCCUCCUUUGGUUCUUCUAAAAGAAAACUGACAGAAAAGGACUAACAAUACACUGAGGUUUCUAUGAAUAUAAAAGUAAAAUGUAUGACAAAAAAUUCACAACAGAUGAAAAAAUUACAAUUGCAAGAUCCUUACACUGGGCACUAAACAGGAGAAUGGAUUGAAGAUACAGUCCUGCUAAUAAAGUGUGUGGUUGUAAACUUCAGGAGAACCCAUAAAUAAUUUUUAAGAAAGAUGUAUAAAGCAUAAAUUCACAGUAGAACUAAAACUGAAUAAUCUAAAAUACUCAGUUGAAAAUGAGGUAGAAAACGCUGGUAAAAGUAAAAGAUAGAUAAUAGUAAAUAAUGAGAUGGAACUUUGGCAUAUAGGAAGGAAACUUAGAGAUGGUGGAGGGCAAGGGAGAAUAGGGAAUUGAGAUUUGAAGUGGGGGAAUUUUGAAGCUGUCAAGUGAAGUUGUGGACAUGCGCCAAGUCCCUAUGAGGAAAUUUCAUAUAGUUCAAGAAAUGCAGGAACAGAGAGCGAGGGUAGGAGAAAGGGGUUAAAAAAUAAUUGAGCAAUGUCAUGUACCUAUACCAAUUCCCCACAAUUAAUGUAAUCAUAAUGUAGUACAACAUGUAUCAAAAAAAGAACAAAUGAAGAAAUAGAUUAAAAACUAGAGCAUAAUAGAUUUUAUUCUAAUACACAAGUCAUUGUACUAAAUUUAAAUAGCCUAAAUAUACCACUGAAAAGACAUGCAUCAUGAUGUUUGAUUGGAAGAAAAGACCCAAUUAUAUGCUGCCCAAAAGAAAUCCAUCUUAAACAUAGUGGAAUAAAUAGAAUAAAAGUAAAAGAAUGGGUAAAGAUAAGCCAUGCAAUCACUAACUUGGCUAUACUGCUAUCAGACAAGCAGCCUUCAGAUUAAGGAAAUUGCCACGUAAAAAGUUACACCACUGCAAUAAGCAGAACAUUUCUCAGAGACAAUAAAAUAUCCCUACAUGAUCAUAAUAUAUAUUCACUGAACAACAUCUCCAGCAUAUCAGAAGCAAAAAUUUAUAGAACUAAAGAUAAUCUGUAUAUUUCUAUGAAUAUGUCCAUUUUAUGUAUGUUACAUGAUUCAUUGACAUGCAAUUGUUGUUAUUGUUUUCUUUUAAUUAUCUGUAUUGCUGCAAAAUGAAGAGUAAUUUCCCCAUUUUUCAUUUGAAAUUUAA